GACGCCCUGAUGCGCACACAGUCAACACAGCAGCAACAGCUGCCGCCGCCGCCGCCGCCGUCUAUACCCGUACCCCGACGCCCCGUGGACGUCCCGUAUCCGCACUUUGCCAUGCUAUAUGUCGACGAGAACGGGGACCUUGGCUUCGAGGGAUCUCCCUCUGUGGCCGGCUGUGGUGACAUGAUCUUCCUCGAAGACUCCAAGGAGCGGUUUCUCAAGUCGGCUGCGCUAGGUCUCCAGUCGACUUCACCUAACAACGCCAACUCUGUGUGUGACUCCACGCUCCCAGAGCGUCCGAUGAUGCUCUUUGGCUAUCCGUACGGCAUGCCCGCCAGCACGGGCUGGUACCAGGGGCGGAUUCCCAGCCGGCAAGACCUUAUCCCCUGUGAAUGGCAGAGUCAGCAAAACAAGCGUCAGAAACGCAGCACACGGUUACCCGGAACGCUCGCCUUAGGCACCGCCACGGCCACGAUAACGGCAACAGCAACAGCAACAGCAACAGAUACCCUCAGCACCUUCAGCGCCGCCUCCUCCUCUGUCUCGUCUUCCUCCUCUUCCUCGUUGUCGGCCGGCUCCGGCGACGCGUUGCGUCCCUGCCCCGUGCUGCGGCGGUCAGCGCUGCAGGUCAGCAACACCAGCCUGCUGCACAAGUACUACGAGAAGGCGUUCGACACCUUCCAGCAGCUCAACUGUCGUGCCAUCGCCAAGGCAUGGAUCAAGCUCGUCGAACCCCGCAAGCAGGUCCAUCACCCGUACAAUGGAAGAAGAGGCAGCUCCGGAGCCUCGCGACGGGCGGAUCCGGAGUCGACCAAACCGAAAUGGUGGCCGGCAGGCGUCAAGCACCGGGAGCCAGAUCAUCUGUUGAAAGCUGAACGCAUCCGUCUGUUGGUCCAUAUCCUCUGCGAACUGUUCCACAGCCACCGUAUCACCGCCGAGAAGCUCAAAGAGGCCGGCUCCGACGUGCGACGUCAGAUCACUCCUACAGAACGCCUGCAUGUGCUCGAUGAGAUCUACCAUGUGCGGCAGAUGGAGGAGAGCUAUCUAAAUGGCGAGUUGGACGCCGAAACGGUUAUCUACGUCUCCCAAGUGCAACUGGCCGACGCACCUCUCGAACCUCCCUCGUCCGAGUACGACGUGGCCGCAAGCCCACUGACAACUGCGACUUCGGUCUCUCCAGUGACCUCGUCCGAGGCAGGUUCCUCUCCCGCCGCGGAAGAGGCGCACCAGAAGGUCUCCGAGGCCACAACGAUACCAACCAGCGUCCUGAGCGGCGGUCUGUCGUCCAUGAACAGCCUCAAGAAUGUCCUGGAAACAGUUCCCGAACAGCCGCAGCAUCAGCCUCCGCAUCCUCCGUAUAUGGAAACCUCCAGUGCCGCGAUUACCGUGGCCCCCAUCUCAACGAGUCUUCUAGUGAGGGAAAGUUCCCAUCAAGGCCAUGAACAUCAUCAUCACCACCACCACCAUCACCACCAACAGCAAAACCCGUUCAACUCGGUCUGCAUGACGGAAUACUUCUCCCAUAUACGCUCCGAAUGCCCCUCGGAACAGCCUACGUCCGAGUCAGGGUUCUGGAACCAGCAGCACACGCAGUCAGCCCAUGGUCUUUGCUGUUAGUUCACCUAGACCUACAGCCUUCCUUUUUUUUUUUCCUUUUUUCUUUCCCUCCCAUUGUUUUCUUUCAUCUCGAAAAAAAGUCCGAGGCGGAUCAAGUCCUGUUAUCAUCAUCAGUAUUGGAGUCAUGGUGUGAGCGUAGGUAAUUCGGUGUGUCACAUUUCUUGGGGC